AUGUGUUGGCUUGCUUGGUGGGAAACCCGAGGGUUGCGACGCUUCGUGGUAAGCUCCAACAGUGAAAAUACCAGACAAUGGCCUCACCAUGAUGUGAGAUCUGAUGAGCUUCCGGGUCCAGUCUCCAAAAUUUGGAUGACAAUUAAGGCACCCCCUGGCCAUCAGGGUGCGGCCGGUAUUAAAUACAACGUUCAUAGCGGGGCAAGAAGGACCCAGCAGCGCGGCUUGGCAUCGGACGACAGAAGGCCGAGAUUGGGCCCUUUUCUCCCAACAGACCUUCGACAGAUCUUCCUCAGGUGUUCCACUGCAGCUACCCGGAAUUUAGAGCUGGCCAUUGAGCCGCUCGUGCAGACCAGGAGUACACCUUUCCGAUUACCGUAUCUGUACUGGAGGUACCACUCCAUUCUGACAAACUCUCCCGACGCCGUCGACACACCUCCCAACUGGGGACUCCCCACGCCCACGGAGCCACUGGGCGCUGGCUGUCUGGCAGAGAUGAUGGAGGGUGUUACGGGCGUUGUGUGUGCGCCAUCAGACCCAGACACCCGAUUCAACGUCAGGGUUGUCCUCCUGACCCUCUCGGCAAUUUAUGUUCAUGCUGACGGCCCAAUAUUUCACAGAACCAGAGCUUGA